GUUCCGUUUCUCUUUGACAUGAAAGUAAAUUAUAAAAUAAGGCAAGAGGUUCAAGUUGUUAAAUUUGAAAAAGUGGGAUCUUCAACAAAUAUAAAAAAAUUUAAUUUUUGUAAAUCAAAAUAUCAUAUAAAAGAAAAUAUUAUUAAUACAUAGAGCUAUAUAUUUUCAUUCAACAGUUAGAAAUGGCUUUAGAAUUAUUAGCCACUAAUAUAUUUGAUCACAGUUGGGUGUACAAGUGCCCAUCAAAUGAAUUUAAUAGUUAUUAUGAAGAUAAUUCUUAUAAAUCCAGUAUAAUUUUAUCUGAUACUACAAGAGAAAACUCUCCUGUUUUAUAUCAACCUGAAAUAACGAACGAUACUUCAGAGGAAGCUUCAUCAAAUAGUAAAUUGGAAGAUAAGAAUUCUUUUGAUGAUGAUUAUGUUAAUUUUCCAGUUUCAUAUUAUGUAACUUCAUAUGUCUUUGAUAUACCUAGUAUAAUGGUUGGUAAAAUGAUAGGUAAAGGUGGUAGAGUUAUUAAACUGAUCAAAAAAAUUUCCAAUGCACAAAUUUAUGUAACUUUACAUCCAUAUAAAGUUAAUUACAAUAUUGUUGUUAUUGAAGGAACUGAAUUUUGCAUACAUGUUGCACUUCAGAGAAUAAGGAGUAUAUAUCCAAUUUAUCAGUAUCCUUAUAUAACUUUAAUAAAUAUAAAUGAAGAAAUGAUGCAACAAUCACAGUAUUCUUUAUAUUAUCUUUUUCUUCCUGAACAAUGUUUGAUCAAUGUUAAAGUUAGUUGUGUCAUAUCAGCUGGUCACAUAUUCAUACAACAAAACAGACACCCACUGUUCAAAAAUUUGACUGCUUUGCAGGAAUCUAUGAAAAUAUACUAUUCUACUCAAAUAGCACUGCCAGCAUAUAUUGAUAAUUGCACCAGUCAUUCAUUUGCUAAUAAUCUUAUUCCUUCUCCUGUUUUAUCUGGAACCUUAUGUGCUGCUAAAGUCGAUGAUACAUGGUAUAGAUCUCAAAUAUUGGAGUAUUUGGAAGAAAAAGAUGAAUGUAUAGUCAAACUUUUAGAUUUUGGUGGUUACCAAAAGCUAUCACGCAAUGAACUUAGACAAAUAAGAAUGGAUUUUCUUUCUUUACCAGUGAUGGCUACAGAAUGUUACAUGUCCAAGAUCAUACCUAAACAAGGGGAGACAGUUUUUUCAAUCGAAGCUUGUUCUUAUUUACAAAACAUAAUUACUAAUCUUGACAUUAAAUCCCGUGAUUAUUUAACAACCUUCCCACAUGAUAGUAUAUCAAAUGUCGAUCAGACUUCCAUAAUGGUUAAGGUGGAUGGUUAUGCCCUUUGUGAUAGGCUUCCUUUCGUUUCUUUGUAUCAAUGUAAGGACACCACUUUUAAUCAUAUCGAAAAUAGUGAGCCAAGUAUAUACAAAGAUGUUAAUAUGGAGCUCAAUAUAACUACUAAAAAUGUUGAAUUAUCUUUGCCAGAGCAAAAUAUUUCCCAAAGAAUGUCAAUGCCAGCUGUCGAAGAUUUUACAUUCCCUAAUAAAAUGGAAAUGGAUAUGAUUUCUAUCAAUAAUUUAUUAUUUGAAAUGGAUUUGGUCAAAUGGACUGAAGACAUAAUAUUUUGAUAGCAUUUUCAAAUUAUGACGAAUAAUUUUUUUAUACCUGUCUGAAUAUUUGCAAUAUUUA